CUUCCUGGAGGGCAAAGGGGAAGGACUGUCUGCUGAGGAGCACUGGAGAUACUGCCGUGCUGGGCAGGGUAGUGUAGCGGAGAAGUAGGGGAGCUCUUGGCUGACCAUGUUCAGACUGAGGCCCUGAAGCAGGGGCAGGGAAGGUGCUAGGGCUAUGGGAGAAGUGGCCCAGGGAAAGUAGCCCAGGGGGAAUAGGAGAAGGGGCAGAAAGUGGCUGCCAGCUAUAGGGUCCAUGGCCCGGGACCCAGAGUAGUGGGUGAGUUUGCACCUGAAGCCAGGGGCUAGACUAGAGACUUCAGUUGGCUACUGAGGCAUGUGGAAGGACUGAGGACUGCCUGUGCCCCAAAAGGGGGGAGAUGACAGGCUGGGGCACAGCAGGAGGGCCGUGUCCUGAAGGGGACGCCGCAGUCUGGAAGCAACGCGGGUUCAGGUGGUGGAGACAGUGGAAGUAACGGCAAGUGAGACACCGCUAGUAAAAGGUGCCCUGGUGGUCCAAGAGAGCUAAUUCCCAGCACGACCAGCAGGAGGCGCCAUCGCUGUCGGUCUGCACGGCUGCAGUCAGGCUUUUGGAACUUAACAUUCAGCAAUUUAGGUUCUUGUCUGCCAUGCUUUGUUAGCAGGUUUCGUGCAUCCUCGUCUCUCGAGCAAGCCAAUUUGGUGACCUGAAAGCAUUUGCUAUGCCAAAGUGGCUAGGCAAUCCGUCUGCAAAAACAGAUUUCCCCCACCUCCCGAGUCCCACAAGCACUCACCAUCUGCAUACAAAUGGAGUUAUUAGGGGGAGAAGUGGGAGGAGAGAAAGUCAGUUCUAAUACUAAGUAGCUGGGUCCUUUAAGCUGUUUGGCCAGACCUUAUCGUUAAAAAGAAGAAGAAAAAAAUCGUCUCUAAAGGAUUGUUUGAGUCAUUGCUCCUCAUGUGUAAACAAAGAGAGGCAGCUUACAUAGCAAACUCAGCCUGGAAUAGCUUGAGGUGAGGAAAGCGAAGCACAAAGAUUAAAUGAUUGCCCAAGGUUACACUGCUGGCUUGUGGCAGAACCAAGAUUAGAAACCCGGUCUCCUGACUCCCAGUCCUGUUCUCUAACUGCAGAUGUUCGUCUUCAUAUUAGUCUCCAGUUUCUAACACUAGCGAUGCUGACACCCUAGGUGUUUUGGGACCAAGUGUGCUGGUUGUGCCCAGGGGAUCUCCCCCAGCGACUUGGUCAGGAGGGCGAGAAGCAAAGUGUUCCACUUGAACUGUUUUACUUGUAUGAUGUGUAACAAACAGCUCUCCACCGGCGAGGAGCUCUAUAUUAUCGACGAGAACAAGUUUGUCUGCAAAGAAGAUUACCUAAAUAACAGCAAUACUGCCAAAGAGAACAGCCUGCACUCAGCCACAACCGGCAGUGACCCCAGUCUGUCUCCGGAUUCCCAAGAUCCUUCCCAAGACGACGCGAAGGACUCGGAGAGUGCCAACGUGUCAGACAAGGAAGCUGGCAGCAAUGAGAACGAUGAUCAGAACCUGGGGGCCAAGAGGCGGGGUCCCCGCACCACUAUCAAAGCCAAACAACUAGAGACUCUGAAAGCCGCCUUCGCAGCCACCCCCAAACCCACCAGGCACAUCAGGGAACAGCUGGCCCAAGAAACGGGGCUCAACAUGCGAGUCAUACAGGUGUGGUUCCAGAACCGGCGCUCCAAGGAGCGGCGCAUGAAGCAGCUGAGCGCGCUGGGGGCGCGCCGCCACGCCUUCUUCCGCAGCCCCCGCCGCAUGAGGCCGCUGGUGGACCGGCUGGAGCCGGGCGAGCUCAUCCCCAACGGGCCCUUCUCUUUCUAUGGAGGUGGGUACCAGCGCCGGGCAGAGACGCCUCCCGCGGGGCUAGGAAGGCGCCGGGUGAAGAGAAGCAAAGAUUAUCAGAGCGAGUAUUAUGGCCCUGGAAGCAAUUAUGAUUUCUUCCCACAAGGACCCCCUUCAUCUCAAGCUCAGACGCCGGUCGAUCUCCCAUUUGUGCCCUCCUCUGGGCCAUCAGGAACUCCUCUGGGUGGACUGGAUCACCCAUUACCCGGACACCACCCUUCCAGUGAGGCUCAGCGCUUCACUGACAUAAUGUCCCACCCACCUGGAGACUCACCCAGCCCUGAGCCCAACCUGCCAGGUUCUUUGCACUCCAUGUCUGCAGAAGUUUUUGGUCCAAGUCCUCCAUUUUCUUCAAUAUCCGUCAACGGUGGUGCUAAUUAUGGCAAUCACUUGUCACAUCCACCAGAAAUGAAUGAAGCAGCUGUGUGGUAGCUUUAAAACAAACUGGGUCUAAGUAAGUGAUGAGCUUCUAGUCUGCUUAUGUUAUGGUGUACAGAAAUGAAUAAGUAUAACAUCUCUCUUGCCCUAAGACAAUUUUACCUUGGGAAUGAACUGAAUCCAAAUCACUCCAAGGCAAGCUUUGCUAUAGACCAGGACAAUCUUCAUAAUAUGGUUGUAACUAACAAACAAACAAACAAAAAAGGGACAUGUUUUGGAACCAUUGAAAAGACACUGGUGAAGCUGUACAGUAAAGUGCUGCUGUGCUAUAGGAUGGCGUAGGUUGAAUACCCUGUUGGAUGUCACCCUAAGAGCCACAAUCCUUAGGAACUUUUCAUUUAAAAAACAAAAAGAAGGUCAAAGAAAGGGAGGGGGGAAGUGUGAAGAGCGCUAGUAUUCCUGGUUUAAGGAUGGUUCUGGCAUUAUGAAUUUGUUUGUUAAUUUUGUCUCUCAGAAAGUUCAACAACAACAAACUCUUUUUAGCUUCAGAAAUGUGAGCCUGCUGACUAUCAGGUGGGACUUUUUGUUUUUUAAUUAUUUUGCCAAAAUAACAAGUACUAAAUGUAAGCCCUCAGCAUCAACUCUUCUACCUUGACAAAGCUACACACACACAAAAUCCUCAUAAUAACACAGGUCGCCAACCAGACCUCUCACUAAAAAUGACUUGAAACAAACAAACAAAGUAUUCUACCUUCAUGAAAAAAAAAACAACUAAACAAAAGACUCUACUGACCUAAAAACAGUCAACUGUUUACGUAGAAUGUUAAAUUCAGGAGUUCUAUGUUUUACUAAUAAAUCCUGUUUUAGAACCUCUUGUUCAAAAGCAAAAUAUUUUGAGCAACCAACCAAAAUAUACCACUUUCUUUUCUGUAGAUGUUAUAUGACAGAUUGCAGGGCUUGUGGUUCACUGUGCUAGUUGUAAAAGGUGUUGUUUACAGAAGGCAAAGAAAAAAAAAACCCAUAAAAACCAGACAGUUGCCAAAUAAAGUAAUUAUAUAGCACAAAUACUGUAAGGUGCUUUGCACCAGCAACCUGAGCAAGUGUUUUUUUGGUUUUGUUUUGUUUUUAAAGUGUUACAAGGUUAAACAAACAAACAUCUUUGCUAAUUUUUAGUCCUGUUGAACAUUCAUGGAAUUGUUAAUAUGACUUAUAUAGACCCACACAGGUUUUAUUUUUGUGUCUUUAAAAGAAAAGUCCAAAAUAUUUAAAUUUUAUGGUCAAAUAUGCAGUCAACAGCUGCUACUUUUUUCUUUAUAUAUUAAAUUUCUCAUAUGUCUUUUAUUGUUCUAAUAAACCUAAGCUUGUGUGACCUCCAGUGCAUAUUAGACCAUUCACUGUAUGAAAGAAAACAUGUUGGAUAAAAUUUGUGAGUUUUUAAUAAAAUUAGAAAAUCUGAUGUUUUA